AUGACGGAGGUCACGACGCGCGGGACGCCGGGCCUGCGCUCGGUGCGCGAUCUACCGAUCGUGCAGGAUGGACCGCCGCCGGGAGGAUACUCCGCGAUUCGAUACGGACGGCGAAUUCCGAGCACGGGACCGACGGGCGCGGCGCUGCUCGCGGUGUACGCCGGGAUGUUUACGUACGGGUUUUAUCAAAUCGGCGUCGGAAACCGCGAGAGGCGAGAGGCCAAGGAGGAGAAGAUCUUAGCGCGAGCGGUGAUCGUGCCGUAUUUACAAGCGGAGGAAGAUAGACGGUUCGUGCGCGCGUGGACGGCGAAGAAAGAGAACGACAAGGCGAUCAUGGCUGAGGUGCGAGGAUGGGACGCGGACGCGCGUCCGACGACGUCGAGGUGGAUGCCGCCGGGCGCCUCGACGCGACCGAGCAUGGCGAAGUCGUGA